UCCAUCUUAAAUAUAUUCCUUUCUCCUAUCUUUAUAAACUUGGUCAGAAUGUUUUUCCGACAGAUUUGUUGGCCAAGUUCGAAACCUUGUCACGUUAGUAUAACAAAUAGGGCACUAGGUAACAUUUAAGAAACAAGAUUUUUUUACACUAUGCAAUUUAUAUAUAUACUCCAAUAUUUAUGGAAUUUGGUAUGAAUAGUUGUUUUAAUAAUGUCUUGACCUGAGUUUGAAAAUGGUUCCCGACUGUUGAAAAACAUGGCCACAACAGGCGGGUAAUUUUCCUAUUAUGGCUAAAGUAAGACUCAGAAAGUGGCAUUUAGUUUCCUGUUUUCAUGAAAAUUUGGUCAAAACAUUUGUGCUAGUGAUAGCCCGGAUGACUCGAAUAUUGAUCCGGUGCGUUGAAAACAUAGCCGCCAGAGGGCAUGGUAAUAUCAUUCAUAUGACUAAAGUAAAACCCUUUUCACACAUUAGAAUUCAUAUGUUUAGUCCUAACUUAAUUAUUCGUCAAAACAUUCGUUCUUAUGAUAUAUUGUCAGCCUUCGAAGAAUGAUAUGAAAAUGAUUUUCCGGUCAUAUUGAAAAUCAUGACCACCUGUGGGCGGGGCAGUUUUCCUUAAAUGGCUACUGUAAAUCAUUGUAAACACUUUAGAAGUAUAUUUUACGUCCAAUCGUUAUGUAAGUUUAUCAGAAAAUGAUAUCUGCGCCACAUUCGGAAAUUGGUCUGGUUCUUUGAAAAAUAUGGCUCCAAGAGGCGGGACGUUUUUUUAAAUAUGACUAUAAUGUUACUUUGUUAACAUUCUAGUAGUCAUACAUGUAGUGUGAGUUCAAUCGUCAUGAAAUCUGGUCAGAACAUGUUUCCUAAUGAGUUCUUUACUUAGUUGCCAACUGGGUUAUUUGAGGUGAAAAACUAGUUCACCAGGUUUAAUUUAAGAAAACUAUUGUAAACACUCAAGAAGUCCACAUUUUAAGAUCAUAUCUGCAUGAAACUUUGUAAGAAUAUUUGUUCGAAUGAUAUCUUGCCUUCGAAAAACACUGUCCUAGAGGGCAGGGCGGUCGUUAUUAUACAUCAACUGUCUAUAAGUCAUUUUUAGUGGUUUCGCCCCUCGCGUCCUAGGUGAGCAUCUCAAGUCCCAUGGCAUUCUUAUAUUUUGUUUUAAUACCGUACAUAUACAGUCUGAUUCUAUGAUUAGAAUACGGGAAUAAUAUAAUAAUACCCUUUUUGCAGGGAAAUGGUUCGAAAUCCGGACCCUGACAAGGUCAAAGUAUUAAUACCAUGAGUACUUAUCAACACUAGCAGCGAUUUACAAUAACUAAAACAUAAUCUGCAUGAGCAAACAAUGUCCCUAUCAUCACGUUUGACCUUACAUCAGAAAACGAUUCUAUUUUAUUACCAAACACUGGUAAAUAAAAUAAUGUGCUCAUGUGUGUUGUUCAUUUUCGGAAUCGGUGUUGCUUGACAAUUAUGAAAUACGUGCAAUAUCUGAUAAAACCUUUAAAGUACUUUAGUUUUUAUCCGAUGAUACAUAUGCAUUACGUGUAUAGGAUAACUUGAUUAUACACUUAUAGUUGAAAGCAUAUCAUGACAAGUAGGUUAUGCACAAUAAAUAUAUAUCUUACUAAAGUGUUAAUAUAAAUUACAAUAAUAUUUAAAACAUUCGAAUAUAACAUUGAUAUUUGUAUUAAAUAUAUGAAACCAAACUAUACAAAGUUAAUACGACAUUGAAAUAUAUUGGGUUUUGUUCCGAACAUUCAUUAAUUUAAAUGUAUUAAUUCUUAACAAAUUAAACAAAUGUCAACAAAUGUAACCACAUUACAUUUUUUUAGUAUGUAAGUAUUUUAAGUACCUUGUUCUGUGAAUUCAGUUAUUUUUUCAGAUUGUGCAAGUGCGUCAACGGCAGAAUAUCUGGUCGGGAUUGUUCUAAAAAGUGCAGAUCCAUCCCAGUGUGCAGAUCCUCCUCCAUUACUGCCUUCUAUAAAAUACAUUAAAAUGAGGAAUGUCACAUGUUCCUAUACCUGCCUACGCUGUCUAUUCAGCACGAUGCUGACUCUCGAUCACGCGUUGACGUUUGACCUGCAAUCGAUCUACAUUAAAUGUGCUGAGGCAGCAAAAAGAGAAAUAAGUGCAAUUAUACAUAAAGACAAUUCCUCCAUCGUAAAAAUCAAAAAUGACAAUCUCUAUCUGUUUAAGGCUCUGCAUGGUCUGAAUAUCAAGAGUCUGAGUCUGAGUAUUAUGCAGGAUGUUUGGAACGUGGAUCAUGAAGAAUCGCUGUCGCAGUCACUAUCAUCGCUCACACAGCUUGAAACGCUCAGUAUAGAAGUGACGUAUGACAGUCCCGGACCGUGGAAGGCUCUGCAUGGUCUGAAUAUCAAGAGUCUGAGUCUGAGUCUGAUUAAAAUGCAUGGAGGUUUGAACGUGGCUCGUGAAGAAUCGCUGUCGCAGGCACUAUCAUCGCUCACAAAGCUUGAAACGCUUAGUAUUAAAGUGUGGUAUGACAGUCCCUCUUUGUGGAAGACUCUGCAUGGUCUGAAUAUCAAGAGUCUGAGUCUGAGAGGUAAGUGGGGAGGUUUGAACGUGUAUCAUGACGAGUCGCUGUCGAAGUCACUAACAUCACUCACACAACUGGAAACAGUUACACUGUAUGUGCAGACAUAUCACCAGAUAGAGCUACCUCAAUCAUUGAAGUAUUUAAAUAUAUAUUGUGAUGGUUUUCUUCCAUCCAAAGUUCUUGAACUGGUGGACACACUGCCUACAUGUACUCAGAAAGUUGGAAGUAAUCUGAAAUUGUGUUGUUUUUUAGAGAUCUUACUUGUCGAAAACAUCCCACUUGAGAAAUACACUGUAAUCCAACAGGAACUACAGACGCGGAAGAAUUUUACCGUAGAGCGAUUCCAAAUAUCAGGCAGGAAACUUGAAACCAAUUUUGUUAUACAAUGCGAAUAAUUCAACGUUUUGUCUUAAUUAACAAUGACUAGAAUCGUGCCUAGCCGUUUUAAAUAUCACUCAUGUUUAUCAACUAUGUAUUUAUGAAUUGUUUCUAGUGUAUAUUUGAAUCUUCAUUAGGUUAGUUUGUUGUCGUUUUUUACCAAAAUAAGGCGUGAUAUUGAUAACUCUGUUUCACUGCAACACAGCUUCACUAUUGAAGCAAAUCCCUUUUUAUUUUCGAUUUUGCCUCUAUAUUGAAUAAAUAUUACGAGAGUAUUGAGCGUAUUGACAAGGUUUUGGGCACUAAGCAGCACAGAUCUGAAAUCAUAGAAAUUAUUUUUAAGAAUUGGUAUUGUUUAAUAAAACAUUUUAUCUUUAGACGGGUGUAUUUGCUAAAUGUGGCAAAUUAAAAUUUGAAAAAAAAACACAACAACACGAGAGUUCUGGUUUUGGAAACGUUAAUUGUAAAUUGAAGCAGGUUUUCGCAUUGUGAGAUAAUACAAAACAAAAAUUUAAUGUGUGUGCCCUCGCAGAAUCAAAACAGAUGCCCGAACACGAUUGUAAUGUUUUGACAGACAAAAUGCACUCAACUUAAACAUACUGUAAAACUACAGUAGUGAAAACAUGCACGGUGUAUUUUAUUUAAUUAGUAAAAAUCGCAUGAUAUACCUUUACCGUA